AGAAGUUUGACGCCAUAGCCAUUUUCCAUCGAAUAGCUUGGUCGAGAAAGAAGAAAGAGAUGGAUAAGACGUACGCAGAGCUGAGACGAGCUGUUGAGACGACGGAGCUAGUAGAUGCCCACGCUCAUAACAUCGUAGCACUCGAUUCCACGGUUCCUUUCCUCAGUUGUUUCUCUGAAGCCUCCGGCAAGGCUUUAUCCUUUGUUCCUUCUACCCUUAACUUCAAGAGAAGCCUGAGGGAUAUUGCUGAAUUGUAUGGCUCUGAGUCAUCUCUCCAAGGAGUCCAAGAAUAUAGAAGUUCCUCUGGAAUUGAAAAAAUCAGCAACAUGUGCUUCAAAGCUGCAGGAAUCUCUACUUUAUUAAUAGAUGAUGGAUUUAUGUUAGAGAAGAUGCUUAGCAUUGAGCAGCAUAGUGAUAUUGUGCCAUUUGUUGGUAGAAUACUGAGGAUUGAGCAUCUAGCGGAGGAAAUCCUUGAUGAAGGAAUCAGAAAUGGGAAGAGUUGGACACUAGAUACAUUUACCGAUAGUUUCAUAGGAAGAUUAAAGUCAUAUGCUGUCACAGUGGGUACAAAAGAUGUUGCCAAGGUGGUUGGUCUAAAAAGCAUAGCUGCAUAUCGCAGUGGCCUUGAAAUUAACACGAACAUCACCAGGAAAGAAGCUGAGGAAGGUCUUGCUGAAGUUUUGCUAGCUGGAAAUCCUGUUCGCAUCAUAAACAAGAACCUUAUCGAUUAUAUCUUCGUGCAUAGUUUGGAGGUGGCACUGCUUUUUGACUGGCCCAUACAGAUACACACAGGCUUUGGAGACAAAGAUUUGGAUUUGAGGCAAGCUAAUCCCCUCCAUCUCCGCAAUCUUCUUGAGGAUGAUAGAUUCUUGGACUGUCGAAUAGUUCUAUUACAUGCAUCCUACCCUUUUUCAAGGGAAGCAUCAUAUCUGGCAUCCAUAUAUACUCAGGUGUACCUCGAUUUUGGUUUGGCCGUACCGAAGCUUAGUGUCCAUGGCAUGAUAUCUUCAGUCAAAGAACUUUUGGAGCUAGCGCCAUUAAAGAAGGUGAUGUUCAGCACUGACGGAUGUGCAUUUCCUGAAACAUUUUACCUAGGUGCAAAGAGAGCAAGGGAAGUUGUUUUCUCUGUUCUACGUGAUGCAUGCAAUGAGGGUGAUCUUUCAAUUCCUGAAGCUCUUGAAGCUGUUACUGACAUCUUUGCUGAAAAUGCGAAAAUGUUCUACAAGAUCAAUAAUGCUGUGAAGUCUAGGAUUCCUAGACAUGUUUCAGAUACCUUAGCGAAGUUGGAUAAUCAUGUCAAACAAGAGUUUAACUCUACCCUACAAGAUGUUGUGCUUGUGCGCGUUAUAUGGGUAGAUGCUUCUGGACAGCACAGGUGUCGGGUUGUUCCGCAAAAACGCUUCGAUAAUUUUGUCAAGGAGAAUGGCUUAGGUCUAACCUGUGCUGCUAUGGGUUUGACUUCAGCAAUGGAUUGUCCAGCUGAUGGGACCAACCUGACAGGAACUGGUGAGAUCAGAUUGAUACCUGAUUUAUCAACGAGAUGCAGAAUUCCAUGGGUAAUGCAGGAAGAGAUGGUUUUGGCUGACAUGCACUCAAAACCGGGUCAAGUGUGGGAGUAUUGCCCAAGAGAAACACUAAGAAGAGUUUCAAAAGUUCUGAAAGAGGAAUUUAACUUGGUGAUGAAUGCUGGAUUUGAAAACGAAUUCUAUCUGUUAAAGAGUUGUUUAAGGGAUGGUCAUGAAGAAUGGGUUCCAUUUGACUCGUCACGUUAUUGUGCUACAUCUGCAUUUGAUCUUGCUUCUCCUAUAUUUCAUGAAGUUGUUAAUGCGCUACAGUUUUUGAAUAUUGAUGCGGAACAGCUACAUGCAGAGGCUGGUAAUGGUCAGUUUGAAAUUGCAUUGCGUUACACAACUUGUACCAAUGCUGCAGAUAACUUGAUUUAUGCCCGUGAAGUAAUUAGAGCUGUUGCAAGGAAACAUGGGUUGCUAGCAACUUUUGUGCCAAAGUACACAUUAGAUGACAUUGGUUCUGGUUCUCAUGUGCAUAUUAGUUUGUCCCAAAAUGGGCAAAAUGUAUUUGCAGCAUCUGAUGGGGCCUCACGCCAUGGAAUGUCCAGAACUGGGGAGGAGUUUAUGGCUGGUGUUCUACACCAUCUUCCAUCACUUCUGGCUUUUACAGCACCAAUCCCAAACAGUUAUGAUCGUAUACAACCCAAUACAUGGAGUGGAGCAUACCUUUGCUGGGGUAAAGAAAACAGGGAGGCUCCUCUCAGAACCGCAUGCCCACCUGGAGUUGCAGAUGGCAUUGUGAGCAACUUCGAGAUUAAAGCAUUUGAUGGAUGUGCAAAUCCGCAUCUGGCUCUUGCUGCUAUUAUUGCUUCUGGAAUUGAUGGUCUUCGCAACCAUCUUUCACUGCCUGAUCCUAUUGAUGAAAAUCCUGAUAUCCUACGGGAUAAACUUCAAAGAUUGCCAGUCUCUCUUGCAGAAUCAGUAAAAGCUCUUGUAAAUGACUUUGCUUUAGAAUCUUUAUUAGGAGAGAAACUAUUGGUUGCUAUAAAAGGGAUUCGCAAGGCAGAAAUCGAAUACUACUCCCAGAACAAGGAUGCAUACAAGAAACUUAUACACCAGUAUUAAGGUAACUCCAUGCAUGUGUAGGAUGGUGGUUCAGUGAGAUGCAGAAAAAACCUUGUUCAGGUUGAUUCUCUUAAUGGAUGUUUAGCAUCAUACCGUUGGCUCUUGAAUAACUUAUUAAUGUUUAAAACUGUUGAAUGUUAAACCAAUUUAUUCAUCAACUGCUUUCCUUUUCUA